AUGGAUAAGACCAAUUCUUCAGUGGUGUCUGAGUUCAUAUUGUUGGGACUCUCAAGUUCUCAAGAACUCCAGCUUUUCUUCUUUCUUUUCUUCUCUGUGUUGUAUGUGGUCAUUGUGCUAGGAAACAUUCUUAUUAUCAUCACAGUGUCUUUUGAUACCAGCUUGCACUCCCCUAUGUAUUUCCUCCUAGGAAACCUUUCCUUUGUUGACAUUUGUCAGGCUUCUUUUGCUACACCUAAGAUGGUUGCAGAUUUUCUGAGUGAACACAAGACCAUAUCCUUCACUGGCUGCAUAUCCCAAAUUUUCUUCAUUCAUCUCUUUACAGGAGGAGAGAUGAUGCUACUGGUCUGCAUGGCUUAUGACAGAUAUGUGGCCAUAUGCAAACCUCUACACUGUGCAGUCAUCAUGAGCCGAUGGACAUGCACACUCUUGGUCAUAAUCUCUUGGGCUGUGGGUUUGGUGCACACAUUAAGCCAGCUAUCAUUUACUGUGAACCUGCCUUUUUGUGGACCCAAUGUAGUAGAUAGCUUUUUUUGCGACCUUCCUCGAGUGGCCAAACUUGCUUGCCUGGACACUUACACCAUUGAAAUAUUAAUAGUGGUCAAUAGUGGAAUUCUUUCUCUAAGUACUUUCUCUUUUUUGGUGGGUUCUUACAUCAUUAUUAUUUUCACAGUGUGGUUCAGGUCUUCAGCUGCAAUAGCCAAAGCAUUUUCUACACUGGCUGCCCACAUCAUGGUAGUCAUAUUAUUUUUUGGACCUUGCAUCUUCAUCUAUGUGUGGCCUUUUACCACUUAG